AUGCUUUAUCAGCGCAGUACGGGCUUUGCUAAUGUUGAUUGGGAUACAGCUCUCAAAGCUCCUGACGUCCUUCAGCAUCUUAUUCCAGCAGACGGUACGCUGCCUAACUGGCUGAUCCAACUACGAGAAGAUCGAUUGUCUGCAAUCUUUGAGGACUGUGAUCAACACAAAGAAGCCCUUUCUCUCCGCGCCAUCGACUGCAACCGUUGGGUCAAGAAGGACAACUUCCACACCAGCCACAUUCGCAAACGCAAACGUAAACCAGAGGCUCGUCCACCCAAAGUUGAUAUGGCACGUCCAACGAAUGUUGCGCAGUAUCAGCGCCACUCUCUCCAGCUUAUCUCCAGGGUUCUCAACAUUCGUACAAAUGCAUCACCUUUCACUCUCAUACUCGAUGACCUCAACCAGCGUGCUAUGCCCCUCGUCGGCGAGCUGGUACGACGGGGGUUGUCUCGCAACGUCAAUGUUGUUGUGGUGUCUUUCGAAGCCACUCGGUUCCAUCCUGCUGUUCGCAGCGUCCCUGCAUACGGCGACGAGACAGGCGAUCAAAUUCUACAGCACAUCCGGAAAGCAUUGAGCGAAGCAAAGGAGAGCCUCGUAAUCAUUGACUCACUAUAUGAGCUACUUAGUGUCAAGAGCGUGGACAUGGGCGCAUUGUUUAACCUGGUCGCCGGCGAGUUCGCAUCGACACUUGUCGGUGUCUAUCACCAAGACACCGUUCCUGACCAAGACGCACACAAGGCGUACGCACCUCAACCGCUCGAUCUCUUCAAGUACAUGGCUACCACUGUGAUUGCCUGCAAAUCUUUCGCACACGUCCUCGCCGCGAGGGCGGCCAAAGAGCGCAGUCUCCCCGAGCCGACGCACGGUCUGCUUCAGAGUGCAGAAGGUAUCGUACAGUGUCUCGAUGCCAACGAUCACCGCGGCAUCGUAAUAGAAGCAGAGUUCCGCCGCAAGUCCGGGCGCCCCGAAAGUGAAACCUACUUCCUGCGCGCGGCUCGACGAUCCGACUACAACGCGCCCGUGUCUGGCAUGGCGUUCGGCACACUGCGCCACGAGUUUGUCACGCUGCUUGAUCAGGUCCCUGCCUACAGCAGCAAUGAAGUCACUGGUCUUGUCAAUGCUGCGGCUAACGAGAUGGAGUCAACCUUCAAUCUUGGCCUCACAGAUAAGCAGAAGCAGGCGCGUGAAGGUGUGGUGCUCCCUUACUUCGAUGCGCAGAAGGGCGAGGGCGCUGGCGAGGGCGGUCGCAUUUUAUAUGACAUGGGUGAGGAGGACGACUUCGACGAGGAAGAAGAUGAGAUCUGA